AUGAUGGAUGAAAUCCUACAAAAUCUAAUGGAAAGGCACAAUUUUAAAUCGAUCAAAGUUAAGAAGGAAGGACGGGAGGCAAUUGGACCACUCCAUUCACCUGUGGAUGGGAGCAAAUUUCAAAGGAAGGAAAGCUCCAGGACUGGACGGUCCAUUGCUAACCAAACCAAAAGAUUAGGCAAAGUGGAACAAGAUCCCGCGCAGUUCCAAGUUGCAACGUAA